AUGGCAGACUCAGACUUUUUCUCCAAACGACGUAUCCUCCUAUGCUCGACCGUCGGCGGCUUCACUCACGCCGCUCCGAUCCUCGAGCUCGGCGCCGUCCUCGCGGCUCGCGGCCAUGAAGUACACUUUGGAACCAACUCCGGCCAGGAACACUGGGCCUCAGACUACCCUUCCAUCACCCGCGUCCACAGCUUCGGCGCGGCCCUGCCAGACGCCGACGCUGAAGCGCACUACGCACGCAUGAUACGGUGGCGGCCCAGCGACGGCGUCGGGCCCAUCAUGCAAUCCAAGUACCUGUUCGACUCCUACUGGCCCGACACGUGGUUCCAUUUGCGCGAAAUCAUGCUUGACCCGGAUGUCAGGCCCGAAAUGAUCAUUGCGGACUUCUUCGUCGAGGCGGCGGCCAAGGACAUGAUGAUUGAGUUUGGCGUUCCUAUCACCGUCAUGUGGCCUCAGAUGCCCUAUCUCCUAGCCCCCGUGAGCUAUAUACCCGGCCAGCCGGGCUUCCAGGUCGACUUCACACCCACCUCGGAGAACGCUUCGAUUUGGUCACGCAUCCGGAAUGAGAUGGUCUUGUUCUGGGCCCUGCCGCACAUUACUGCAUGGUCCCGUUGGACGCGGGACAUGCGGAAACGACAUGGCGUCAAGCACUCAGUUCCACUGGCGUCCAAACCAAAUCACCUUGUUUUCGUCAACUCGUUUUUUGGCCUCGAGCCUGCAAAGGACUUGCCUCCCCUUAUGCAAGUAGUCGGACCGAUCCUUGGGGAUGAGUACCCUCAACUGGACGCAAAUUACAAGGCGUUCUUGGAUUCUCACGACAAGACUGUAUAUGUCGCUCUAGGUACCCAUAUUGCACUUCCAGAAGCAGAGCUGAUGAAGCUGCUCGACGGUCUCGUUAUAGCUUUAGAUGCUGGACACAUCAACGGUGUCAUAUGGUCUAUCGGAAAGUCAGCGAGACAAAAUUUUGAUAGGUCGAGGCAUAUCGAACGACCUGAAGGUGGCAGGAUGUCAGUCGGCGACGUCCUCGACGAGAAGCACAGCGACUUUCUGGCCCCAUCUUUCGCUCCUCAGCGAGCAAUCCUCGAACAUGCCAAUACCAAGCUCUAUCUCACUCACGGGGGCGGUUCCAGCGCAAAUGAGACCCUAUUCCACGGAACUCCACCCCUUAUUCUAGGUUUCUUUUUCGACCAGCUCGCCAACAGUGCCCGCCUCGUCGAGGCGGGAGUCGGUCUAGCCAUGGACAAGUUCGACUUCACUUCCCAGGAGAUAUCAGACAAGAUCGGCCGUAUCAUCUCUGAUGUCGACGGGUCAUUCGGUAGGAAUGUCGAGCGUAUGAAGAGGAUAGCACGCGUGGCAUCGCGACGCAAAGAACUCGCCGGCGACCUGAUCGAACAAGUCAUCCAUGAUGACGAGCUGCGCUCGGCAGAUGGGAGGGCACUCCGACCAAUGCACCUCCAGACGGCAGACAUGAGGAUGCCACUGUGGAAGGCCAAGAACUGGGACCUGUGGAUCGUUUCGGUCUCUGCAUUGGCGGCCGGGGGCACAGCCUGCUUCCUAGGCGCAAAGUACGCCCGGCAGCUGAAUUUAGGCAUCAAAUUUGUUCGGGGUAUCGUGUACAACGCGACUUGA